GUGAACCACGUGACACCGCGGAAGCGCAGGCAGAGUGGCUGCUGCUCCGUUCUCUUGUGUUGUGAUGUUCUUGGUUGUUGUUCGCGUUCAGCUGUUGAGUUUCUGUCACCCCUACAAUUCCAGCUGACAAACAUGAUGUCAAGUGUCCCAGAAAUUAUCUUUUGUAAUAAGGAUGUACAAAGAAGAUCACUGAGAAAUAAUGGAGGAAUUUCUGAGCACGCUCCGUGAUCAUGAUGUCAGCUCUGUCCUGUCAUCCUGCGAGCCGGAACUACAGGAGCUGAUGCGGCAGAUUGACAUCAUGGUGGGACACAAGCGGCGUGAAUGGGAGGCAGAGGUUCGAGCCAUGGAGCUGCGUCUGCAGAAUACGCAGGAGGAACUCCAGGCAGCCAGAGCUCUGCUCGACAAGAGGAGCUCAGAGAUCCGAGUGCUGGGGAAACAACUAGAUGAGAUGCAAGCUGGAAAACAAGAGCUGGUCGUGAAGUAUGAAGAACAGCUGCAGCACGUAAAAGAUGAAUUGUCUAAAUUGAAGCACAGCUAUGAAAAGCUACAGCGUAAGCAUCUGAAGGAGGCACGAGAAGGAGCUCUGAGCACAGAGGAGGACAGGACUGAGCUGUCCUGCCUCAACAGCAAGUUGGAGGAGUUUCGUCAGCGUUCAGCAGAUUGGGAACAGCAAAGACUGCAGUAUCAGAGACAAGUGACUUCACUGGAGGAGCAAAGGAAGAACCUGGCUGAACAGUUUGUGCUCAUCAAGUCUCAGGGUGUAGGUCGGACAAAGGAGCAGGGGGAACUGCAGCGGCUGCGCUCUCAGCUGCAGAGGGCUCAGGACAGACUACAGACACAAGAACUGGAACUGGAGAGACUUCGGCGGCUUCAGGAUGAGUUGGGAGACUCCAUCAGGGAACAGCAGGUCAGCUGCCCCGCUGCAGCUCACAUACAGGGACAGGUUUUGAGUGAAGAGCGAGAGGAGCUGAAGGCCACACUGGAUGCUCAGGAUCAGUUUGUACGUAGUGCAGGAAUCCAGCAGCAGCAGUUACGGCAGGAAGUGAUCCGACUUAACCAAACUCUAAAAAAAAAAGAAAAACACAAUAGGUCUCUAGAGGAAUGUUUAGCAUCACAUGGUUUGUCUCCAAACUUGGCCUCCCUUAGACAAGAUCUGGAGAAAGUCACAGCCAAGUUGAACAGUUCCCAGACUUGUGAGAAUCACCUGAAAGCUGAGGUCAUCAGACUUCGGGACAAGUUGGAGAGCAUGAGAAAGCAUAAAGCAGAGAUGAGCAGACGAGAAAAUGAGUGGAAACAGAUGGAGGAGGAACACGUUCACUGUACGGCUGAAAUCAAACGUUUAUGUGCAGAGCUUGAAAGGGCCGAACAGACUCAUUGUGGGGAGUUGGAGGAAAUGAGGAAGGAGGUGUCUCAGUUAACCAGCGAACUUCAACAGUGUGACAUCACCAUUGCCACACUCACUGGCUCCGCCUCCAGUAAUGAGCGACAGUUACGGGCAGAAGUGGAGCGAGCAGAGCGGCGUGCAUCAGAACUCAAGGUGACACAGGUCCAGCUUGAAACUCUAAAGCUUGAGAAUCAGCAUCUAAAUGAUUUUCUUGAGAGAGUCCAGUCAAGAUCACCUAAGAAGGGUGAGCUGGCAAGUCUUAGAGACAGUUACGCGUCAUCACUGAACAGUUUGGAGGAGGAGAACAGGCAGCUGAGGCUGGAAAUUACUGAGCUGCGAGCUCGCAUGGAGGCCAACAGCCAGACCUGGCAGGACAAGUACGAGAGAGCGUUACUACAAAAUCAGAACACUCAGAACAGGACUCCACUGGAUCUCCAAAUGGCUCAGUGACUACACGGUUUCUGGAGGAGGAAACGCUAAGGUCUCAAGAGCUGCUUCAGAGACUGGACGCCCACAUUCAGAGCAUGAAGCAGGAAAACGCCAACACCGUCUCCAAAUACCCGGGCAAGGACUGCAGCCCCCAUAACGCCCACUGAGUGCCUUGAUCUGAACUUGCAGAGAUAUGAACAGAUUAGCAAGUGCUGGAAAUAUGUUUUGCUGGGCUCCGGUCCAGCGGUUUUGCGAUCAAAAUUCCGUAACCCUGGAUACUAGGCCUGCAAAGCUCAACAAACAGCACUGAGGAAUUUGGCAAUGUGGACGUUUACUCUUUUGCUUGCAGAGGAAAAGCAUUUUUGAUUGCAAGGAUCUUAUGAAUCUUGGGGCCCUGGACUAAGUCAAGGGCAAACUGACAGAUUAAUCAACACUCGACUUGCUUAAUGGUUGAACUGUGGCCAAGAAUGCACCUGAUAAUUUUGUUUUGAACAGUUAAAACUUGCUUUAAAAGGUCAAAACUUUCCAAAUGUAAUUCUUUUGUGCAGAAUGGACUUUUUGUAAGAUGGAAAUCAGUCAUAAAGCUCUUGAAAGUCUAGCUUCAAACCUAAAGGCAUAGUUCAACUGGCAAUUACUCUUUUACACUUCAUUUAGCCUCAUGUUCUUCUAAAUCUGUAAAUAUUUCUUAUUUUCAGUGGAACACAUACAGUAAAAAGAGACAUAUAUAUUGUUUAAAAAUCAAUUUUUUUCCUCCAUACAGUGAAAGGCAAUGGCGUUCAAUGUUGUUUGGACCCUGAACGUUCUGCAGGUCUUGAACGACAUGACGGAAACCUAGUGAGGAAAGACAGCUGCUCAUUGCCUCGCUAUCUCUCUGGUCCCCUGUCCUGUCUGAACGCUGGGUCUGGGACAG